UCCUCUGUCGCCAUGCACCGACAGAACUUCCGACCCCUGACUCCUCCUUACCCCGGCCUGGGUGUAGGAGGUUGGAGCAGCGGGAGCAGCUACUGGGGGUAGGGGUCUCCGUCCCCUGGUGGCUACUACCCUAGCUCCUACUCCAGGUUCCCCGCGGGGUCCCAGCAGCAAUUCGACUACUCCCCAGGGCAGCAGACCCACCCUCAGGGUUCUCCAAGGACAUCUACACCUUUUGGAUCAGGGCGUGGUAGAGAAAAAAGAAUGUCUAAUGAGUUGGAAAGUUAUUUCAAACCUUCAAUGCUUGAAGACCCUUGGGCUGGCCUAGAACCAGUGUCUGUAGUGGAUAUAAGCCAACAGUACAGCAAUACUCAAACAUUCACAGGCAAAAAGGGAAGAUACUUUUGUUAACGUUUCUGAAAUUCACCUGGAAGCUUCAUGUGUCAGGAACAUCUUGGACAAAACUCACUUGUGUACCUAAGUUGAACCCUGACAUGGUGACUUUGACUGAAUAAUUAGUUGAGUCUUCUUGGUAUUUUUCAUCGUGUCAAAUAUUGUUGGUAUU